AUGAUCUCUUUCAAGCAAUACGCUACGGCCUUGAUCGGGCUCGCGCAGAUUGCAACAGCCUCAAAUAUCACCGCGCUUCUAUCGCAGCUCUCCCCAGCUGCCGAGGUGUUCUAUCCUUACGCGACGAACUGGACCGACACUACCCAGCGGUGGACGACAUAUGAGGAACCGACUUUUUUCGCCUCCAUCAAGCCGAACACGACUCUGGAUGUGCAAAGAAUUGUCAAAUAUGCCUCGACGCACAAUAUCCCCUUCCUGGCCAUGGGUGGCGGACACGGCUACACGACGACGUUUGCUGAGCUGCAAUACGGCCUCGAGAUUGACCUUAGCGGCUUCAAUCAGGUAGCCGUGGAUGCGGACGCCAAUCGAAUGACCAUAGGAGGUGGUGUGCGGUUUCGUGAUAUUUUCGAGCCGCUCUACAGCGCUGGAAAGGAGAUCCAGACUGGAUCUGGAUCCUGUGUGGGAAUGGUAGGAGCCACACUGGGCGCCGGUGUGGGUCGCUACCAAGGCAUCCACGGCCUGAUCAUCGACGCGCUCGAGUCCGUGCAACUGGUAACCAGCAAUGGUAGUCUCAUCACCGUGUCCAAGACCCAGGAGCCCGACCUCUUCUGGGGCAUGCGCGGUGCGGGUUUCAAUUUCGGGAUUGUUACCGAGGCGACAUACACCAUCUACGACCUGACCAACAAUGGCUCCGUCUUGAAUGCCGACUUUCUAUUUCCGGCCAGUGCUAAUGGCUCGUUUUUUGAAAUCCUUGCCUCAUUUAAUGGCACUCUCCCUCAGCCACUCUCUCUGUUUACGUUGGUUAUUAACGAUACUACCUACGGUCCCUCUAUCAUCCUCAAUGCAGCGUACGCCGGCCCUAAAUCCGAAGGUCUCGCUCACCUCCAACCAUUCCUCGACCUCCCCUACCACAAGCGCAACAUCACCCAGCUGACAUGGAACGUACUCGAUACAUCGGCGCUCUUCGGGAUGGACGCUGACUUCUGCAUCGACGGCGACAUGCACAAUCUCUGGGCGCUGGGAGUCGCGCGCAUUGAUGUACCCACUCACAUUGCCUUUUUCAACACAAUGGUUGACUUCUACUACGCGUACCCGGAAGCAACGGGGUCCAGCUACGAGAUUGAAUUCUUCUCCACACAGGCAGUGCGUGCCGUGAAGGAUGAGGAAACAGCAUAUCCUUAUCGGGAUAUCACAGCGCAUGUGAUGCUCACAUUCGCCUACGAUGACGCCUCCUUGUCACAGCCGGUGAACGACCUGGCCAGUCGCUGGAUCUCAAGAUUCAAUGCGACAAGCGGGUUUGACCGGUUGCAGGUGUAUGUGAGCUAUGCCCAUGGUACGGAGGGCUUGGAUGCGUGGUAUGGGGCUGAGAAGCUGCCACGAUUGUUGGAGUUGAAGAAGAAGUGGGAUCCCAAGGGGUUGUUUGUUUAUAACAAUGGAUUGCCGGUGGGGAAUUGA